AUGAAAAUGAAAGGACUCUCCUCUUAUUCUGUUUCAAAUAAGAGAAAAGAUUUUCAACACCAAACAAGUAGUAGCUCAUUGGGAAAUAAAAAGAAGAUCGUGCACGAUCACUCGGUUGAUGAUCGUCCCGAAAAAACAGAGGAAACUCAAAUCCAAUCUAAAUGUGGUGAUGUCAUCUCUUACAUGGUUCAAACUAUUGAUCGGAAUGGGCUCACAAAAUCAUCUCAGGAUGUGAUGAAUGAACAAUUAGAGGCUGCUCAUUUCUCUAUGGAAACUGGUUUGUAUAUUGUUUGGAGAACGAGGAAUAAGGGAGCUUGUGGAGCAUACUCUCAACAUUCGUUCCGAGAUUGUUCUCGAAUAGCUCCAAGCUCAAUUUGUUUUUGUGGCCACCCUUUGAAAGAUCACUUUAAGAAAAACAAUGGAAUCAUUUCCGGUUGUUCUUCAUGCAAGGGAUGUAAAAUGUUCGAAUACAUCCCAACAAGACCAGCAGAGACGGGUGAGUUUUGGCUGGAACAUCGAACAGAUUUUAAUCCUCAAAAAUAUGAAGUGAAAUGCAAAUGCAAACAUUCUUUCAGAUAUCACAAAUGUCCAAGCAAGCGAUGCACUGUACCUUCUUGUAAAUGCCAAAGUUUCACCAGCUCAUUUCUUUGUGUUGUUUGCAAUGAACAUUGGGAAGAGCAUGAUACUAUUGCUGAAACAAGAGAAGAACGUAUUCAACAAAAACUUCCUGUUGAUGAUGAUUACAUUCUCUUUUCUGAAUCUCCAUCACUUCAAAGAGUUGUUUUUAGAUAA